AUGUCAAAAAAACGCUCGACAUCAACAUCAUCAACAUCAACGUCGACCGGUAAUGGCAAUGCCAUGCAAUGCCAAUGCAAUGGCAGCAAAACCGCCAAGCCCGCCAAGACCGACACAGCAUCGCCCGCCAGCAUUCCCGACCAAGGCGCAGCGCCAAGCAAAACACAAUGGCUCUGGACCGGCGUCCGCAUCGGCGCACUACUGGCCGCCGCGCUAACCGCCUACAUUGCGCGCGACCCCCCAAACGCCCUAGGCCUCUCGCCGCAGCCCACUGCAAAGCAGCCCAGCGCCAACGUCGGCUUCAUGGCCCAUGUGCUGCAGAAAUCCAAGGGCCAGAAUAUUUGCAAGCCUGAGGGCUACGUUAUGGACACGUACAGCGACUUUGACGGCAUCGAGGCAUUGAAUCGGAAGGUGUCGGGUCCGUUAAAGAGGCUUAUUCGCACAAAGUUUUUCCGCACGCUCAAGGUCGAGCUGUAUAAGCCGUGCCAGUUUUGGAAUUCGGAGGGCUCGUGUUUCCAGAGAGACUGUAUUGUGCAGCCCAUGGAUGAGUCCAAAGUGCCCAAGGCUUGGCGGGCCCAAAAAGUCGACCAGGCAAGCUUUGGCCCGUUUUUGGGCUCGUUUCCGCGCCAGCGGCCAGAGUACACUGAAAAGGACUUUGCCAUAGUCAACGACGAGACGUACGGCGAGGGCGUGUGGCUGGAUCUGGUCGACAAUCCCGAGCGAUUCACCGGAUACGCGGGCGCCGGCGCCAACGCAAUCUGGAUGAGCAUCUACCAGCACAACUGCUUUGGCGUUCCGCCCUAUCUGCAAGACACGGCCGGCGGCUGGGGCAGCCAACUGGUUAACGUCGACGGCAAGUCCAUGCCCUUUAUCCAGCCACCACGCAAGCGCCGCGACCUUGCUCCUUUCCUCGAGAGCCUCGCUGAGGAGGACCGCGGCGUCACGCUGCCAGCAGACAUUCCGCACGAGUACCGCAUGUUCUACCGCAUGGUUUCGGGCCUCCACGCCUCCAUCUCUGCGCAUAUCUGCGCUGACUACUUCAACUCGACCUCGGGCAAAUGGGAGCCCAACCUCAGCUGCUUUAUCUCUCGCAUCGGCGCCUUCCCGGACCGCCUGCAGAACAUUUACUUUAAUUUUGUGCUGCUCACCAGAGCAAUCCAGAAGAUGCACCCUUACUUGGCCGCUUACGACUACUCCACAGGAUCAAAAAAGGACGACGCGGCCGUCAAGCGGCUGCUGCCAAAAAUCCUCAACUCUGUCAAGAAGGCUGGUGUGCUCUUUGACGACAGCGAGCUGUUCCUCGGCGCCACCGGAGAAUUCCGCAACAUCUCACGCAUCAUGGACUGCACUGGGUGCGAAAAGUGCCGCCUAUGGGGGAAGACCCAGACGCUAGGCAUUGGCACAGCGAUGAAAGCGCUUUUCUCGUACCCGGACCGUGCUUUCAGUCGCAGCUUCACCUCACUGGACUUUAAGCGUAAUGAGAUUGUGGCGCUUAUCACCACGUACUUCCAGUUUUCCUGCAGUAUUGAGGGCAUUGAAAUGUUCCGUGCCAUGUACCAGAACUUUGUCACUGACUGGCAAGCUACCAAUGGCGGCCAGCAGGCCAAGAUCGAUUCGCCAUCAUCGUAAUCGCUCCCCCAGGAAAAGAAUGCUUUUUUGGUUUAAAAUAUAUCACGUGUAUUUUGACCUAAACCCUUGAUGCGAGUGAGCCGUGCUACUCUUCAAAUUGAAUUUUCAAUGUUGGCAAAAUUUUCAAGUAGAAUUUUUUAUUUAUUUUUUGUGAUUUGGAUCAAACUUUUAUACACC